CGCGCGGAAGCUACUCUAGAGUACUUUAUGAACGCUGCUUACGUCAGGGCGGCGCGGAACGGCGCGGGUGGCUAGGCAGCUAGCUGAGGGGGGUAAUAUACGCAAGGCGCAAGGCGCAAAGCGGCGGGCUGGAACGGCCGAUGUGUUUGUGUCGUGGUGAGGGGUGUGAGAGUGUGCGGGUGGGUGUUUGCUGUGGGCUGGGCGUUUGCUGGCUGGCUGGCUGUCCUGUCCCGGCGCAGAGGAUACGCCACCGACGGUUCGGACAGCGUGCGCUCUUGCGCUCUGCGAGUGAGUGCGUGCGUGCGUGCUGGCCAGCCAGCAUGUACGUACGCCCGGAGGAGCUGCGUCCGGCUCAUCAGGGUUCCUGCUGUAGGUACUGUAGGAAGGUAGGUAGGCUGCUGCACGCCUACCUAUCCUAUGCAGACGGAUCUGGCGCAGCCGGGCAAACGGGCGCGCGCGCGCGCGACUUUCUCUGCCUCCGCUUCGACUUGGCUGCCCAUGCCCACGUACCUAUACCACGCGCGCUAUCGCCUCGCCUCUACCCCGAGCCCCGUCGCCAGCAUCCAGCAUCCAGUAUCCAGACGACCACGCGCGCGUGCACCACGCACUGCGUAUGCACAGAUCGCCGCACCAGCGGAGCGCGCAGCGGUGUGUUUUGGAGCCGUCUGCGCGGGGACUGACUGGGAAGUGUCAGUGAGGCAGGGCGCGCGAGCCAAGAAGCCCAGAGCGAGGACGAAAGGCCUGCGCGGAAGGAGAGGGCGGGCCUAAAAAUAGCACGGCCUCGGAGCAGUU